GGCUGUAGUACGCUAUGAUCACGUCUAUCAAUAGCCACUGGACUCCAGCCUGGACAACGUAAUGAGAGUCUGUCUCAAAAAAAAGGAACAAUCUUGUGUUUGCGUGUUUGCUCAUGUCUUUGUUGGAAUAAUACUGACACAGUCACUCAAAUUAACUCUCAAAUCUUUGAUUAUUCAUUUGAUGGGAACAACAGGUUUAUGUGCCAGCUUAUCAGGACCCCUAGUUCUUUCAUUAAAGUGUGUAUGUGUGUGUAUAUGUGUGUAUGUGUGCACACGUGUGCUAGUUUUCUUAUCUAACAAUGAAGUCCUUUGGGAGGUUUACUUUUUCUUUACUAUUUUUUUCGUGCUUUCCUUUGAUGUGCACCUGGCAAUUUAUAGAGCCAAUGUGUACUACAUAUUCUGCUGCAGAAAAUUACAGAGGUGAGGAAGGAGCAGGAAGCAGAUUUAGAAAGGAAUGUUACAGUUUAUCAAGUUGUGACUAAUGGAAGCUAUUAAAACAAAAGGUACCAACCCAUCUUAAAUAUUCACUGCUUCUACAACUAUUUUUCUAUAACUGUUGUUCUUUGUCAGCUCUGGGGUGGAGGGAAUAUUCCUGAGUGUUUUAUUAAGUAAUUCAAAGAUCUUCCUAGGUAUGUGUAUCAAAGAUCCUAUGAUGUAUCUCUCUUGUAAAUCGAGACUGGCAUAUAUUGGGCUUACAUUAUUGGGAAAAAUGUAUGUCAUCAUCAUUGGUGAAAAAGAGUUUCCAUAGCAGUUUUUUCUAAGUAGAGAGAUAAAUGAAUCAGAUUUUUGGAGGAGGUACGUUUUAACUCACUGGAGGAUCACACCAAGUCUGAACAUCUAAGGAACCCUAGUGGAAAAUUGGUUUUCCUGUAUGCUGCUCUAGCGAUCUGAGGAAAGGCCUAAAAAAAGCCAGUGUCCCUGUGAUAUUGUGAAAUACAUAUAUGUGGUCUUUGUUCCUGUUUCCUGGCAUACAAUUACUAAAAAUCCUUGGAAUCUCCAAAGUGCUGUCUUUUUGUAUAUUAGUGUUGACUGAUAGCUUCAGAGUGGGGCUGGCCAAGUUGAUCACCAAUGGCCAGUGGUUUAAUCAGUCAUGCCUAUGUAAUGAAGCCUCCAUGAAAAUCCAAAGGGAAUGGACUGGGGAGCUUCUAAGAAGUGUUUUUUACCUUCCCGUGAGCCUCCUGUGCUGAACACGUGGAGGGUCACGGGAAGGUAAGCAAAAACUCAUUCACAUGCUGGGAGGGUGGCACAUCCCAACUCCACGAGGACAAAAGCUCCCGUGCUCAGAACCCCUCCAGACUUGGACCUUGUAUCUCUUCAUUGGCUUUUAUUUGUAUUUUAAAAAAUAUCCUGAGUGAUAAACUGGUAGAUGUAAGUGUCUUCCUUAGUUCUGUGAACCACGCUAGCAAAUUAAUCAAACCCGAAGAGGGGGUCAUGGCAACCCCAACUUGAAACCUGUUGGUCAGCAGUUCCAGAGACCUGAACUUAUGACUGGUUGGAACGACGGGGUGCUCUUGUGGGACUGAACCCUCAACUUGUGGAUCUGAUGCUAUCUCUGGGUAGACAGUGUUGGAGCUGAAUUGGAGGACACCUAGCUUGUGUCCACUGCAGAACUGAUUGCUUGCUUCCUGCAGGGGAGAAAUCCCUAUAUAUUUUGGGGUCCAGAAGUCUUCCGUGUUGAUUGUUUUUGUGUGAGAGCAGAGGAAAAAUGGUUUGAGAGUUUUUCGGGAAACAGCCCCUCUUAGUAUAGUGGUAGAAACACUCCAAAAAUAAAAUAUGCUACCCCAAAAAUAAAAAAUGAAAAUAAAAAUAAAAAUCUAGAGUGGUCAGUUUGCCAAGAGGAUUUAUGGAGCAUCUAAGGUCAAGCAUUACUUCUCAGCCCUGCAGCAGGCCUCUAAUUAAGCCAUGCCACAGAGUGCAGUUUACAGAGAGGUGGAAUUCCUGUGGAUUCUUUCUUCUCUCUAAAAUUAUAAAUAACGCAGCUUCCAAACAUGCCAUAUUACCUCACAAGGUCUAAAGACUCAAUAUGAAUCUUCAACUUAACAAUUAUAACUGACACAGAUUGAGAUCUUCCUGGAUGCUGAAAUAGGCUUUACAUGAUUUAUCUCAUUUAGUUCUCAUAAAACUCUAUUAUUAAUAUUAUUUUACAGAUAGAGAAAUGGAAGCACACAGAGGGUAAGUGUAUUAGUCCAUUUUUAUGCUGCUAAUAAAGACAUACCCAAGACAGGGUAAUUUAUAAAGAAAAAGAGGUUUAAUGGACUCACAUUUCCACAUGGCUGGGAGGCCUCACAAUCAUGGCAGAAGGCAAAAGGCACUUCUUACCUGGUGGUGGCAAGACAGAAAAUGAGAACCAAGCGAAAGGGGUUUCUCUUUAUAAAACCAUCAGGUAACGUGAGACAAUUAUUCACUACCACAGAAACUAUAUGGGGGAAACCGCCACCAUGAUUCAGUUAUCUUCCACUGGGUCCCUCCCACAACACGUGGAGCUACAAUUCAAGAUGAGAUUUGUGUGGAGACAUAGCUAACCCAUAUCAGUAAGUAAUUAGACAAACCUUGCAAAGCUAGUAAGUGGUAUUGCUGGAAUUAAAUCUGCCAAUGUCACUCCAGAGUCUAUGUGAUUUACUGGUAUAUUAUAGGGUCUACCUGUAAGCUUGAUAACCUUAUGUGAGAACAAAUAACCAUGACAUAUUCUGUUCAGUAGUUUGCAUUUCCUUUUGACUCCUACAAGGGAGGAGGCUGAGGUUCAGGGACAUUAAAGUGGGGUUUAGAGACAUUAGGUGGUUUACCCAAGCUUUAUCUACUAGAUACUAGAUAAUUGUCAUCUGAUAAUAAAGCUAGAACUUAAACCCAGCUGGACAAUGGAGCUAGAGCUUAAAACAAAAUCUUCUAAUGAGCUCAGAACUCAUGGCUUAAUAAGAUUUGGGAAAAGUCCUGCGGACAUUUCACUGUCUAUCCAGAAAUGCGAGGAAGUUAGGAGAAAAGGCAAAGUAUCUCACAGACAGAUAAAGGCAGUUCAGUAAGUAGCCUGAAUAAAUAGCCAUAUUUAAAAUCUAAUUUGGUUCUUUUGUGCCUAACACAAUUGACUUUAUGCUGGUAUCUAUUUUCUGCUCUGUCUCUCUUUCUGUCUCUACUUAUGUGUGUAUGCAUGUGUUAUAAAAUAUAUCAGCCCAUUGAUCAAUUUUUAAUUUAAGCAAAAACAUGGUAGAUUAAUAUAUUCAAUCAAUUUAUUGAGUAGAUAUUUAUCGAGGCUCACACAUUUAUCUGACUGUGUACUAAGCACUGGAAACCCAAAGAGAAUGGAGUCACUGCCUAGACAGGUGGAGGCUGACACAUAAACGAGUAGGGUAAUAAUCAAGUGUCAUAACUAGUCUAUUACAUGCAAUGUUAAACUAGCAUCUCUACCAUGCAAAACUUGUGCUCUUGGGGAUACAGGAAGACUUUCCAGAGAAGUACACAGGACAGGAAUGUGUUAGGAAACCAGUCAGUUCCCAGGUCCUCGAUCAGGUCACAGUGACUUGUGAUUCUAUUUUGAACAUAGGUCUUAAAUCUUUAUUUUGAUAGCAAGGGUUUUAAACUUUUGAUAUAUGAUAUACUUCUGAAAAUCAAAUUCAUAUUCUAAAAUUAAGUAUUUUUGCCCUUAACUAACUUGAACAUAAUACUAUAAUACAUUAACAUAUAUUAUUAAUAAUAAAUAGGACCCCUGGAAGUCCAAGAGAGACAUGAGGCUUAUUUGGUAUGUUAAAAUCAUACAGGAAGUGUUGUUAAAUAAGAAAUGGUGUUACACUUUCUUUGAGUUAUAUUUAUAUGGAUAUGUUGUUAAUAUGUGUUCCAACAUUGUAUGAGAUUCCUAAAAAUCUGAUAUGGACAUCCAGUGUGGUUGUUGGGUCCUCUAUGAGCCUAGGGAGCACUGGCCGGUUGCCUUGCAUCCAUUCAUGUCAGCGUUGGUAGUGUCAGGCACCCGAUGGUUCUUAGAAGAGUACUUGAGCUCUACUCUGCAGUGUCUGAAGUUGCUGGAUAUAUACCUGCUGUAUAAACUGCUGACUAGGGCGCUGCAAUUCACAUACUGUCUUCUCAUGGGGACCUUCCCCUUCAACUCUUUCCUCUUGGGUUUCACAUCUUGGGUGGGGAGUUUCAUCCUAGUAGUUUGCCUGAGAAUACAGGUGAACCCACAGAACGAAGUGGACUUCGAAGGCAUCUCCUUGGAGUGAGACUUUGCUUCUUUCUCUUUGCUAGCACCGUCUUGUACCUUAUCGUCAUGAACUUUGUUGGCUGA